GGUGUCACCGCGGGUGCCACCGCCGGGCUGGCUCAGAGCGCUCCGGCAGCCCACGUGGACAGGCAGCGCAGCCUCCCCGCCGCUCCACGCAGCUCCAGAGCGCCAGCUCCCAGCCCAGACACAGCCAGAGUGAGCCAAGCGAGCCCAGCUGAGCACAGCCCAGCCCAGCCCAGCCCAGCCCAGCCAUGGCGCGCCCGCCCGGCCGGCGCGGGGGGAAGGCCCUGAGCACCCAACUGCUGUUCCGCAUCUCCAUCCAGAGGGCCGGGCCCGGCGGCCAGCCCUUGCCCAUCGCCCAGGCCGGGCGCAAAGGCCGGGCAUGGGGACGCCCCAUGCGUGGCAGGAAGAGCGUUCGCUUCUCCAGCAGGGCCCGCCCGCUGCCCGCCUUCUUCCUCUUCAUGGCCCAGCACCGCAAGUCGCUCCAGGCCUCCUACCCCAACUCGACCGUCGUGCAGAUGGCCAAGAGGAUGGGGAGGAUGUGGCACAAGCUCCCGAGAAGAGAACAGGAGAGGUACAUGAACCAGGCCGAGCGCAUGAAGAGAGGCAGGGGCAUGUACCGGAGCAGGGCCAUGGCCCGCAGGCCGAUGGGCAGGAAGCAGGCCGGCAAGAAGAACCUCGUGGUUUGCUUCACCACCAAGGCCGCCAGCCUGCGCAACUUCCUCAUGUCCUACCUGUGACCGCAGAUCUGAAGAG